AUGCAUCGCUCACACCACACCACCACCACCACCACCACUCGCCGUGGAAUUUUCGGCCGCAAGCAUGUGGUUCAUCACCAACAGCGCAAGCCCUCGCUCGGCGACAAGAUCUCCGGUGCCAUGCUCAAGCUGAAGGGCUCAUUAACGCAUCGACCAGGCCAGAAGGCUGCGGGGACUAGAAGAAUGCAUGGGACAGAUGGCCGUGGUAGCCAUCGCAGCGCUCAUCACACCACCACUCGCACCAGUCGCCGCACUGGUCGCACUGGUCGCUACUGGUAA